AAUGUCGUUCCGUUCGGAAAGACGAAAAGCAUUGUGGGACGACGUGAAAUUUAUUUCUGUAGGAUUUAAAACUAAAUAAUAUCAUACACACAAGACUCUGAAAACAAUAAACAGCAACUUUUUUUACACUGUGAGACGAUCUAAUUACCUGUGUCUGAUACUCGACACUGCGAUCUGAUUUACGAAGUUUACUUCUCUAGAAACUUUCGUUAUAACAUUUGAAGAUAUCUGAUUGAGGAAUGUGUCAUUAUGUCUGAGGUAAGUGAGAGCCCACAUCAGGAAGAUAAUCACUCAGAUAUAAAUGGUAAUUCUAGUGGGAUACAUUGGGAUGACCAGAUUCUAAAUGCUGCUUUGCCACCUUACAAACCAGUUCUACAAGAUGAUGAGCCUUUUAAGCCUCAGAAUUUCUAUACCUGUCCAAUUUGUCAUGACAGGUAUCUGCUGCAAUCCAGCUUGGAUUUCCACAUGAAGAGGCGAAGUUUGCAAAUAAAAUAUCAUUGUCAAAACUGCAAUCGUUUUAUCACUGAUUACAAUAGAUGCAGUUUUCUGAACCACCUACAACAACACUCAGACUCUGGAGGAUAUCUGACUGACAUCCUCCAUGUCACAGUGACGCCUCUUGCUGAAGACCAGCUUAGGACAGACCAACAGACAUUCGAAAACAAAGAUUAUACCCAAAACAUUUUUGUAAAACCCUCAUCUACUGCAACAGUUGGACUCAACAAAAAUGGUGCUCCAUCUGAGAUAACUACAAAUACAGCAGUUGCAGUGCAUACAGAGGAACAGGCUCAGCAAAGAACAACUGUAGAAGAGUCCCUUUACACAACUGCUAUGAGUAAUAUUAAAGUCUCCAAAAACCUAACAAUGCCAGAGGUGUGCAAGGAAUGUGGCAUGAAACUUCUUAUUGACUUAAGGAACCACUUACUGAGGCCAAACUGUUAUGUUGACCCUGGGUUAGAAUGUCAGCAAUGCAAAUUAAUUUUACCAUCAAUAUGUAGUCUUCGUGCUCAUAAGAGGUAUCAUCAGAAAUUGAGACCCCACACAUGCCCUGAGUGUGGACGUAUCUUCUCUCUUUGGGCAUCAUUCCUGGUUCACCUCAAUUAUUCAUGUUUUCAUUUGUCUCGGUGUAUUCGAUUCAGGUGCCCAAAGUGUGCAACACUUUUUUAUUCUGUUGAAUUGCUUGAAAUGCACUUCUUUUCUGAUCACAUCAAGACAGUGUUUAAAUGUGACUUAUGCCCCAUAGCAUGCUUUGAUACUAUUUCUGUUGAUCAACACAAGGCAAUUGCCCAUGUGAAAAAGGAUGUAAAGACUCUCCAAUUUCAGCAGUGCCAGAUAUGCCCAGAUCGCCUCACCCCAAAAGAACAAAUUGCUGGGCAUGUUUUGGAACAUACCCGCAGUAAAAAGUGCUUGGCAUUUGGGUUUGAGUGUACUGGAUGCAAAAACUUCUUCCAGCAGAAGGCUGUAUUUGGAGCACACCAGUGCAGUGGACCACCAGCGUGUGCAGAUCGUGCUCAGGGGACUAACUCACAAGGAGACAGUAUGAUAGCAUCUGACUGUAGUACUGACAAUGCAUGCAGAGAUGGGGGUAAAAAUACCUCUGUUAGCAGUACCACUGAUAAUAUGAACAGCAGUGAUAAUUCUGUUAGCACCAACAACCUAGAGACAUCUGUUGAUAAUAUUGAUGAUAAUAACUGGAAUAAUACUACUUCUACAAGUAGCCAAAGGUCUGAUAUGCCAAAGUGUCUUCCAAUAAAAAUUUUAACCCGGAGCUUCCCAGUGAAGAAGCUGUCGUCUCCAAAAACUAUACAACCGAAACCGGUUUCACAGGCUGAAAAACCACCUAUUAGACAGUACGGCAACAACAGACUCAGUAAUGUAACUGUGAAGACAAAUGGAAACAGAUUUAUUCCAACAAAACACAUUACACUCACGCAGGAUUUAAAAAAGAAUACUCUAAUAGCAAAUAUUUUGCCUGCACAAGCAACUGUGAGAAGCACAGAUGGAGGUGUAUUAAAAGUCCGUAGAGUUAUUCGUAAUUGUAGUUCAUGCAAAAGAGAAAUUGUGUUCCAUUCUCCUUCAUUGGAACAAUACUCCAUGCUUCCUUCCAAAUGUUACAACUGCUUAAAAAAACACAAUGCUCUCUCAGGUUCAGGAAGUAUUUUUACUUCAGGAACUAAAACAAUUGUGCACCUGCAGAAGGCAAAUAGCCCUAAUAAAACUUUAGCUGUUGUUUCUGCUCCAAAACUGAUGGCAACUCCAGUUUCAAGUACAGUUACAGCCACACAUCCCACAACAGUGAUACCUACUACCAGGCAAUUGAAACCUCUUGGCAGCAUAGUGACAGAAAAAUUGGAAGAAACUAAAGAAAGUGCUCGUUUUGCAUUUAAUGGCCCUCAUAGUAGUACUGAUUCCAAAGCUCCUCCUGGGCAGUUCAAGUGCCACAUUUGCAAAAAGCUAAUUAAUAUACAGUCCAGUGAUAUUCAGGAUCAUUUUAGCAAAGAGCACAAAAACAUAGAGAUCCAUAAACUUACUCCACUUCUGAAAAAAAUUAAUAUUGAACAUUCACAGAAAGGGAAAGAAGGGAAAGAGUUAGGUACUAUCAUCAAAAUGGAACCAGAAGACAGUGAAAGUCUUGAGCCUCCACUAAACACUUCCUCUGGAGAAAAAUCUGAAACUCCUGAACCACCUAAAAAGAAAAAGAAGUCAAAAUUAGGAUCCAAAGACAAACCACCUGCACCUGUUACACCCUUCAGUUCAGGAAAGCUUAUAUUCCCAGUUGUAAAAAAAGAAGACAAUAAGUAUGAAUGUUUCAAAUGUCAGUUUACCCACAUUGAUAAAGCUGAAUUUGAAUCGCACAUUGUCCUUCAUAAGACAGAUUCUAGUUCUUUCCAGUGCAUGGAAUGUGGAAUGUGUUUUAUUGUCCAACCAUCAUUUGAGAAGCACCUUUUAGUCUGCCAUGGCAUAAGAGAUGUUGAAAAAUAUGUAACUGAAAAUCUUAAUUGUAAACAAGACAGUUAUGACCCCUACAAUGGAUUCUCCCCAGUGACUGUAUCAUCAGAUGACGAAGCUGAUGAAAACAAAUGUAGUGUGUGCCAUGAUAGUUUUGAAACAUCGGAAGAAUUAGAUAAGCAUUUCCGUGUGCAUGGGAUGGCAUUUCUUCUCAAGAAACAACGAGAACUUAGACAAAUAAUAACAGCAUAAUGUGUGGACAUCCAUUGUUUGUGUAAAAGUUUUUCUCACAUUUCAUAGCAAUGUAUGUCAUUAAUAAAUGUUAUUUCAAUGUGUGCUAUUAGCUAAUAUGUCUAAAAGCAAAGUUUUAUAACAUGUUACUCAGAUUCAUCAAAUAACUGUUAAUUUCUUCGCUAUGUGAAGUUCUGUCUUAAAAUGAUGUAAAAAUCUUAUGCUCCCAUGGGGUAGGUUGCAAUUUUAUUUGCUUUAUCUUAUGUGACAUGUAGAAUAGUGCAAUUCAAUCAUUGCAGUACAAAAGUAUGUGUCAAAUGUUUGUUCCUUUUAUAGCUGUCAUAUCCCUUCUUUUCUUUUAAUUUCACUUUAAAAUAAGUUUUCUGUAACUGUAGUAAACUCAUUGCUGGACAACUAUUAUUUUUGUAUAAAACUUUCAUCAUUUGUUACAGUAGAGAUUU